AUGGGGUCACACAAACACCAUGCCAUCAUUCAUAUUAUUGAGAGUCUUCAACAACAGUUGCAGCUAAUUAUAUCUGACACAGAAGAGCUGGAGAAUGACAUUCUUCCAAAUUACAGAAAGGUUAAUCAAAGUACAACUGCAGAGGACUUUGACAAGGUUCUGACUGCUAUCAAAGAACAAGAAGAAAAAAAUUGUGUCCCUGUGCAUAAAGCAGGCCGCUACACUAUUAAGAGCGUUGACGUUUUGCUGAAAAGGCCCGGAACCCUGAAAGUGAUGGAUGAUCAUGUGGUAUUCAGUACCAUACAGAGUCCUUUUGGAGAUGAUGAUAAAUAUCUUAAAAGUGUACAGUGCGUAGGAAGAGAUAAGAUCUUGACGACUGGAAAUGCCUGUGAAAUAAAGCAGAUCGACAGGACAGGAGUCAUUCUACAAACAAUUCCUACACAUGAUUGGGACAAAGGAGAAUUUCUAUUUAGCUUGAAGGACUGGUAUCCAGUUGGACUAUGUUACGCCAAGAAUUGGGAUCUUCUUGUGAGUAUGCGCACUACAGAUAUGGAACUACGAAGAAUAGUACGGUACUCAGGGUCCACAGAAAUUCAGGAGAUCCAGUUCAAUGGUCUAGGGCAAUCUUUGCUUUCUACCGAUAUUGCUUAUUUGUUACCCAUAACUGAAAAUAGCAAUGGGGAUAUCUGUGUUACUGAUUAUGCUGGGAUGGAGGUUGUAGUGAUGGAUUCUUCGGGCGAAUUACGAUUCAAAUAUUCUGGAAACCCAACGUAUAGAAACUUUAGACCAUUACAUAUUGCUUCUGAUGUGAAUGCUCAAAUGUUGAUAUGUGAUACCUUAGGCAACGUUAUCCAUAUUAUCGAUGGCGAUGGUAGCUUUGUCCGUUAUAUUGAGUACCCGUGUUAUGGAGGACUGAGUAUCGAUACAGACCACAACCUUGUCAUUGGAGACAGACAUUCAAAAUCAAAAUAA